AUGGGCCGCGAAGAUCAAGUGGAGGAGCGCGAAGUUCUCGAUUCGAUUUUUCCAGAUGAAAUUACAGACAUCUCCGAAACCUCAUACAAGAUCUCAGUAACGCUUGAUCCACCCGAGAAUGGCCCGGAAGCAGAGGAACAACCUGUGAUCUUCCUCGAAGUCUCGUACCCCGAAGAAUACCCAGAUGUUGCACCCGAACUCAAAAUUUCACCAGUUCCAAAUGCGCCAAAAUAUCCUCUGCUCGACCUGCAAGAGGACGAACACGCCCUGACAACUGCUCUUGACAAUGCGAUCGAGGAGAACAUGGGCAUGGCGAUGGUCUUUGCUCUUGUCAGCGCACUGAAGGAAGCCGCAGAACAGUUGAUGCUCGAGCGGGUACAAGCUGCUGAGAAUGAAAAGGCUGUAGCAGCUCAGAAGGCAGAGGAGGAAGAGAACAAGAAAUUCCGAGGCACACCAGUGAACCGCGAGACAUUCCAAAAAUGGCUGGAAGAUUUCAAAAAAGAACAGGAAGCAGAAGAGCAACGGCAACGCGAGGAAAAAGAGUUGGAAGACAAGAAGAAACGAAUUGCCAAGGAAGAGAAGAAGCUCACCGGACGGCAGCUAUGGGAACGCGGUCUCGCUGGAAAGGCAGACUUUGAGGACGAGGACGAGGAUUCUAUGCCCGCUGUCGAGAAGCUCAAAGUCACUGCAUGA